AUGAUUCCACUGAAAAUUCAUCAACACCAUUCUCCAUUCUUCUCCAUUUCCAAACCAAACCAACUCCACACAUUCUCUCUCCAACCGCACUUUCUCUCUCUUCCACCAUCUCCCCCACAAAAACUCCCUCUCAAACUCAAACCCCAACAAUCCUCUCUUUCGUUCCCCAUUCAAAGGGUUUCAAACAUUGAAUUACCACUUUUUAGCAACGAUGAACAACUUCAGGACUUAUCGCCAAAAGGGGAAGUGUAUCAGAAGACACUGCAGUUGGUUGAGUGUUCCAUGUUUGCUGCACUCACUGGUUUGGUCUAUUUCUUGAGCAAUUCUCUUGCCAUUGAGGUUUGUUAUUAA